CUCAAGCCCGCCUGGGGUGACUGUUCUGGGUUGGGGACCCCGCAGUCCUCACUCUGCCCUCGUCCAGUGGGUGGCCAGAGGCGGGAGCUGCAGCUGGAGGCUCUGUCCUGGCGCUGCCCACCCUGCAGGCGGCAGAGGGCGGGGGGAGGAGGCGGCGCCUAGAAAAGGAGGCGCGCCGCGGGAUGGGUCGCAGGGCUGGGAUCGGAUCUCAUCAUCGCCUAGCGGGUCUGAGCAGUAACGCAGGCCGGAGCCUUAGUCCGGCCCAGCCCUGGAGGCACCCGGAGCCUGCAUCCCGAGCCCGCCAGACAUGGUGGGCCACCUACCUCUGCAGGCCAUGGGGGACACGCGGGAGCAUAGCCGCGAUGGCUUGCUGGACAGUCCUGACUCGGGGCUGCCCCCUAGCCCCAGCCCUAGCCCGCCCUUCUAUGCCCUGUCGCCUGGCACCCUGGAAACCCGCUCUACCACUGAACCCCCUGGACCCAACGAGGUGCGACCGGACCCUUCCCUCUUCCAAAAUCCCCCUGCCCUGGAGAUGAGGCCCCGGCUGCUGCCUGUGUUUUUCGGGGAGAGCAUCAAGGUGGACCCAGAGCCUGUGCAUGAAAUCCGCUGCAACUCUGAGCUCACCUAUGCCUCCGAGAGACACUUCCGAGACAAGGUCUUCUAUGCUCCAGUGCCCACAGUCACAGCAUACAGUGAGACCAUUGUGAUGGCGCCCAACUGCACAUGGCGCAGCUACCGCAGCCAGCUGACUCUGGAGCCACGUCCACGAGCACUUCUCUUCGGGAGCACCACCAUCAUCUUCCCUAAGUUCGUGCACAGCUCCUUCCGUACCACACUGCACUGCAGCCUGGGCCAGCCACGCUGCUGGUUCUCCUCCAGCCUGCAGCUGCAGCUGUGUGGGGACCCCACACCCAGUCCCCGAAGCCCUGAUGUGCUCUGAGGGGCCCAGGCUAGGUGGCAGAGGAUAAGCCUAAGCCCAAGGGAGGCCCUGGAGGAUGGACAGAUGGACAAGGGUUCAGCCUGGAGCCUGGGUCCCAAGAGACACAAAGCCCAGUGGCCUGGACUAGUGAGGAUGAGGCUGCUCCUGGCAGCCUAUCCCUGCCACAGGCUGUGCCUGCGCUCCAGUGUGGAGGACUUUGUUAAUGCAUGUCUUUCAUUAGCUUUUACAACAGCCAGGCAGUGUGGCCUCAAAAGUGAGGACUGAGCAUGUCCUCAUGUGCCCUUGAGGCAGAGAAAGCCCUGUGUACCAUAGGAUACAGGUGACCAGCCUCAGCUGUGGCCUGGCUCCCAGGCUGAGUAUGAAGGGAAGAGGGGUGCCAGUGGACCCCUUGUUCCUGGGCAAGGCAGUUUCCAAAAUAGGCUUUUUAAAUAUGCAGCAUGCCCCAGCUGAGAGUCCUAGGUUCAGAGAGCUGAACCAGCUCAGGGGACCUUGAGUCCAGAGGUGGGAAAGGCCAAGGUUAGGGCCACCUAUAAUGUGCCCUGUGCCAUAGCCAACAUGGGUCCUGUGCCUCCCUCCAUCUCCAGUGCAAGGGAGGCCUCAAGAGUAUCUCCACAUGGUGCAUUCAUGACUAGAUAAGACCUGGAAUCUUUCUGCCAGGCAGACAUUGAGUCGAUCAGACUGCUGACACCUGUGUACAGCUGACUCUGGAUUCACCAGCUGUGACCUCAGAGAAACCGUGCUAUCUCCCUCAGUCUCUUGCUCCUGCCCAGGACGGAGUCUAUAACCACACCACAUGAUUCCCAAGCACCCGGGUCUACCUUCCAUCUGUGGGAUUGCGGAAGAGGAAUUCAGAGAGCCUCAGUUCUGACUCCUGGAGACAAAUGGGUGGCAUAGGGCCUGGAAGCGCCCAUAACCUGGUGCUGCCCAUGGUGCUUGGCCCACCAAAUGACAAUCUCACAAUCCUGCUGUAGAUGUGGAGGUGCCUCUCUGACCUGAAGUGUCUGUCUGGUAUCUAGGGCUUGCUUGCUACUCUCCUACUGUCCCAGCAGAGGGAGAAGACCCUCUGUAGGACAAAGAGAGGCCAAAUGCCUGGUAGAUUUUAUAUAUCUGCACAUCUCAUCUGGGGUGCUUCCCAGUUAAAGAAUAACUUAAGAAAUCAAUGGAUUAUCUUAAUAAAACAUACAAACUCAGCAGGACUCCUGUGUUUCUGAGGCACCCCUGGAGUGGCGGAGGGGAAGUCUGGUGUGUUCAAGCCCACUUUUGCGCCCACCCAGAGUUGGUCCCUGAGGGAUCCUGGCUCUCCAGUUCCUGGGGGAUGGAGGAACUGUAGAAUCUCUGCCAGUGCUAGGCGAGUGCUCUGCCCUGAUUGUUGGCUUAUAAUUCAGGGGGCUCAGAGAAGCCCCACCAGGGAGGUGUGGCUUGAAGCACACCAGCAGUUCACCAGUCCAGUGGGAGUCUAGGCAGAAUGAGGUGCCAGGUCCAGGUAGAUCUGGUCCCACCCCAUGGGGAUCUUCACCCAAAGGACAUGUCCCUAGCUUCCCUGGCAUAAAGAGCUUUGUGUUAAAGGUCCUUUUGUCCCCCAACACCCAGAAAUGCCAGGGAGGUAAGACCCAGCAAUAUCCCCAGAAUGGCACCUGUCCCCAGGGUGCUGAGGUUGAUAAGGAUGAAAGUGCCCAGUGCCUGUAGGUCACUUCUUUACAUUGCAAAAUGGGACAAAAUCUCCAGUGCCCAUGCCUGGAAUCAACUUGAUACCCCCCAGCUCCUCCUGCCAGACCCCUGCCCACCAGAUACUACACAUACCUCCCCCCAUGCCUCCUUCCAGAGCAGAAGCAUGGAGCACCUUGGCCCCUAGCCAGGCCUCGUUGGAUGCAUUCCUUCCAUUUAGUACAUUUAGUUUUUAACCAUCACAGAGCCCGCUCAAGGGGUAAGGAGACUGCUCAGGAAGGGCUGGGGACUCAGAGGUCCCAAUGGUGGCCAGAGCUGGGUCCUCAGAGUUCCCUGAAGAUCCUAUAUGACUAAGAUUUCUUUCGUGGUCUUUCCCAAAAGCCACAGAGCCCUGGACCAGGUGCCAGGGAUGGGACCUGUGCCCUCCCACACAAGCCACCUCAGAGCCUUUCUCCCUUGCCCUCCCUGCCACCUGUUUACCUUGUUCCUGAUCUUGCCCAGGACCUGAUCCCAAACAGCUGAGAAAGAGCACUGGCAUUGGGUGGGGCUGCCUGUUGUCACCCGCACCCAUUCCACACAUAAGCAAGCUACACACAGAAGCCAGGGGCCUUGUCAGGUCAGGUGGCUGCUCCAGAUUUUCACACUCCACAGCUCUUAACCUUGUCUUGCUGACUGCCUACUGGCUGCCUCAUCGUGUAAAGUGCUCCACCCUGGCCCCAGACCCUUGGAUGGGCUCUGCCCCAACCCCACAGUUCCUCACCAUCUACCUAGCACUUCUGCAAGUAUAAACUAUCCCAAUUUUGGAAAACCAGAUACUUUACUGUGGCUUGGCUUUCUCAGAAACUCCUGAUUCCUAUCCUGGCAUUUACCUGGGUUCUGAAUGCCCCUGGCUGGGCCUCACCUCCUCACCCACACAGGCUGUGUCUCUCCCCCUGAUUGCUCAGGUCUGGGAUCAGCCUAUUUCUGCCCCAUGGGAGGCAGCUGGCUCACCAGGUCUCCUGCCACAAGUUUUCUCUGGGCUUCCCCUGGGCAGAAACUGGCAGCUGGAUUCCAGGCAGGGGUUUAGCUCCAGCCUGAGGUGGCAUAAGUUCAGCAUAGCCAGGGGUGCCCAACCCUGGUCAAAAACAUCUGGGCUACAGAUGGAAGCGGAUCCCAGGAUCCCAGGCUUCUAGAUCUGGCGAAACACGGGGCAGGGGUGGUGGCGGUGGUGGUGGAAUGGAUCUACAUUCUAUCACCUCCCAUGUCCUAAGACACAGUGGCGUCCGACAACCAUCACGGCCCUUCAGGAAGUUCUUCCUAAUUUUGCUGUAAUCAUUCUUAUCAUCAAUUGCAAGAGGUUCAGAGGAAAAAGGAGGCAAGAGGAAAGGGCUCUGCUCCAUUACCCCUUACCCUCUCAGAGAGGGGGUCAGGUUGUGUCUGGCUUGAGACAGAGAUAGUUGUGUUAAGAGACCCAGAGGAUGAGCCGGGCGUGGUGGCACACACCUUUGAUCCCAGCACUCAGGAGGCAGAGGCAGGCGGAUUUCUGUGAGUUAAGGCCAACCUGGU